CUCCGCCUCCCUGGAUGAUUUUCGGUGUACGCUGCUUUUUACUGAAAGCGAAUUUUGUAUGAACUACCGGUUAGUGAACGAAGGCAUCCCUGCAAACAUCUAGAACAUCGCUGCCUGUCAGAGGAGCUUUUUAUCACAGAAAUGUCCUCUUCACAGCCAUUUUCAGAUACUGAUCCAAAUGUGCACAGACGUGUGUCUGUUAAAUCCAACCCAGGAUUUCUGGAGCGGCUGAGUGAGACUGCAGGAGGGACAUUGGUUGGUGUUGGACUGUUUUUCCUCUCAAUUUAUGUUCUUUUCACUAAUGAGGGACGGGCUUUACAAACCGCUUCCUCUCUGGAUGAAGGUCUUUCCCAGGUUGUGUCUUUGGAGCCUUUAUCUGGGCUCGACCUUCAGAACAACUACCGUUUAGUUCACUUCUCUGCACAGCUGAAAACGGCACAGCCCCUUCAUGACCCCAACUACAGAGUGGUGGUGCAGGCAGUGAAGCUGAAAAGAGAGGUGGAGAUGUAUCAGUGGGUGGAGUACCAUGAGAGCAGAGAUUACCAAGAAGAUGGUGAGACCAAGACUGAAACGACAUACACAUACAACACAGAAUGGAAAUCAGACUUGAUCAACAGUCGCAAUUUUGACAAGGAAAUCGGUCACCAAAACCCAAGUGCCAUGGCAGUGGAGAGUGUGACAGUGGUGGCUCCUGAAGUCAGAACUGGGCCUUUCAUUUUGUCUACAGGCCUGGUGGAGCAGAUUAAUAAUUUCAAGACCUUCAGUCUGAAGGAUUUUCCUGCCAUUAACUUGGACCCUUUUCUGACCAUUGAUGAUGAUUAUUUCUAUCACACUCAGUCCCCACGCAGACCAGAGGUUGGGGAUGUGCGUGUGAGAUUUUCCUUUGCUGGACUGAGUGGGGAGACGUCCUACCUUGGCCCAGCCCAAACUGUCAGCAUUAUUGCCAUGCAGAAAGGAGAGCAGCUGAAGCCCUUUAAAACAAAGUCUGGAGACACUCUGGAGAUCCUGUACCUGGAAGAGCUGACUGCUGAGGAGAUUUUUGCGAAGGAACAUCAGUACAACAGCAUGAAGACCUGGGGCCUCAGAGCUGCUGGCUGGGCUCUUAUGUUCCUCAGUAUUCAGCUGACCAUGCGCAUCAUCUACACACUGGUGGACUGGGUUCCCGUCCUCAGAGAGCUGGUCUCUGUCGGCCUGAAGGUCUUUGCCUUGUGCGUCUCCUGCUCCCUGUCCCUCCUCACCAUCGGAGUAGGCUGGCUCUUUUACCGACCCCUGGUGGCGGCGGCUCUAGGGGCACUCGCUCUGGUUCCGGUGUUUCUUGCCCGUUCAGGACUUCCAGCUAAGAAGCAUGAGUGACUAGUGGACUAAUAACAGUUUGUGGUGUGUUUUGAUCAUGGCAGGCUUCCUCCAUCCUUCAGAGAUGGUACUCAGUUUAACCAGAGUGGGUUACAGACUGUACACAAUCUGCUUUCUUUGAUAAAACUAUUAAACAAACCUGUGUCAAUAUAUUUUGGUUUUAUUGGUACAAGCCUAUGAAGUGUAGUUAAAAUUAGUUAAAUUUAUCUGUGUUAAAAUUGUGGCAAAAAUAGUUCCCUCGGUUUAACAUUGUGGUCAUGUCAGUCAUAAGAAAGAUCACUUGUGUGUUUGAAGAGCAGUGGAAGUGGUUUCCUGUUAGACCUCAGAUGUUAUCAGUGUUGCCUUUCAAUGCAAAACUGCAGUGUUCAUUUCAUUUACAGAUGCUCAUAAUGAGCAACAUUACUGUAGUAUAUUUUUUCUUUAGUAUUCAGCAAAGUGUAUAUUCGUCAACUCAUAAGGUGCCAGUUUAUUGCCUUAGUUAAACUGGAGUCAAUCAUUCAUGGUUAUUUAGUAGUAACUGUUUUAUUGACAUGUUUACUUCAGUUUGUGAGCUGCUGGCAUAUACCGUUUCAUUAGGUGUUUCAAAUAUUUAAUCUACCUUCCUUCUUACAGGCAGAGCAUUAGUUUCAUCAGAAAUGGGCGUCAUUUCCCUAGUGGAGGUAAGCUGUAUUGCAGGGCUGUUGUUUGGGUGCAUUGGAUGUAUCUCAUCAUAUGCAGUAUCAUAAAGAAGCUGCUGAACUGAGUGCAUUAUGUCAAUUUGCUCAAGUUAUUUUUUCCACUUUUCCUCCCUGACACCAACACUUGAAUGUACAUUGUGUUGCUUUUUUAAAAUGAAUGCCAAAGAACCUAGUUGUUGCAUUAUUGUUUGCACUGUUUGUUAAAUAAAGCACUUGUAAAACA